AUGAGCACGCGGGGCGGUCUAACUGAGCAUGCGCAGUCUAUAGUCCGACUACCCGCCUCCCUGGAGGGGACGCGCUCCCUGCACUCCGAGAUUUUGCAAGAGCUGAGUCGUGGAGCCUUAGGAGUGAACCUCAUGGUGGAGGAAACAGAAACUGACACCAAGUAUGUGAUAAAACAGGUGGAGUGCAUUGAUGAGCAUCAUGCCAACGAGGCCCUGGAGGAGCUGAGGCCCCUGCUGAAGCUCCAGCACCCCAAUAUCUCCGUGUACCAUGAGAUGUUUAUCAUGUGGAACAAUGAGAUCUCCUCUCUGUUCCUCUGCCUGGUGAUGGAGUACAGCCAAGGGACCUUCCAGAAGGUCAUUGAGAAUAAGAGGAUGGAAAAGGGAGUUAUUGGCUCUGAGUGGAUGCAGACCAUGCUGAGCCAGGUGUUGGAUGCCAUAGAAUACCUACAUCAGCUGAAUAUCAUUCACAGGAACCUCAAGCCCUCCAACAUCGCCCUUGUCAACAACGUCCACUGUAAACUGCAGGACUUGAGCUCCCAGGCACUGAUGACCCACAAAGCCAAGUGGAACAUCCGAGCCGAAGAAGACCCCUGUCAGAAGUCUUGGAUGGCCCCUGAAGCCCUGAAAUUCUCCUUCACCCACAAAGCUGACAUCUGGUCCCUGGGCUGCAUCAUUCUGGACUUGGCCACCUGCUCCUUCCUAAAUGAUGUAGAAGCCAUGUACCUUCGGAAAGCCCUUCACCACCAGCCAGGCAGCCUGAAGCCCAUCCUAAAGACCAUGAAGGACAGGCAUAUUCCCAACGCAGAGACUUUCUGUUCCCUUCUGCCCUUCAUGCUGCACAUCAACCCUGGGGAUCGACUAGCCAUCAAAGACGUGAUCCACAUCAUCUACACAAGCACCUCCUUCAGGAACUCGUGCAUUGCUCUGAACCGUCAGGCAGUGCCCAUGUUCAUCACCGACUUGCUGCUAGAAGGCAACGUGGCCAACAUCUUAGAGGUCAUGCAGAGCUUCUCCAUCCAUCCAGAGGUCCAGCUCAAGGCCAUAAACAGGCUUCUGACAAUGCCAGAGGAAGAGCUAGGCCUGCCAUGGCCCACAGAGCUGGUAGAAGAGGUGGUGGCCACUGUGCGGCAACACGAGUGUCUCCUCGACAUUCUGCUCUGCACCUGCUCCCUGCUGCUGCGCGUCCUGGGCCAAGCACUGGCACAUGACUUAGAAACCAAGACCCCAAGGGACAGCUCCAUCAUUUCCUUCCUGCUGAGUGCCAUGCAGAGCCAGCCAGACUCAGAGCAGCUCAUCACCAUGGUCUAUAAUCUGCUCACCAUCAUCUCCAGCCAGGGGUUGGUCUCUAGAGAGCUACAGGAGGCAGGGCUGUUUCAGCUUGCCCGGGAACACCUGGACCAGUUCCACAAUGACAGACACAUUUGUCUCGCUGUCCUGAGCCUGCUCUGGUCCCUCCUGGUGGAUGCUGUCAUUAUGAACAAAGAUUCCUUGGAGCAGAUCCCAGCCACAAUCAUCCGGGUAUUGGUUACCCAUGAGGAGGAUGUGGAACUGGCUGAGGCUGGCUGUGCAGUGCUCUGGCUCCUGUCUUUGCUAGGCUACAUGAAGGAGAACCAGUUUGAGGAGGUGGUGGCACUGUUCCUGAGAAGCAUCCGGCUGCAUCCUGACAGAGUGCUGCUGGUGAACAACGCAUGUCGUGGCCUGGCCAGCCUCGCAAAGGUGUCCGAACUGGUGGCCUUCCAGGUGGCAGUGCUGGAGGAGGGCAGCAGCAGCCUCUACCUCCUCCAGGAGAUCUACCAGUUCUACAAGGAUGACCCUGAGGUGGUGGAGAACCUCUGCAUGCUGUUGGCCCACCUGGCCUCCUAUACGGAGAUCCUGCCGGAGCUGGAGUCUAGUGGCAUCAAGGCAUUGGUCCAGGAGGUCCAGGGGCGCUUCACCUCCAGCCUGGACCUAGUUUCUUACUCGGAAGUGGUGCUUCGAGCACUGGAGGCGGCCACACCCUCCAGCUCCAAGGAGCAGCAGCAGCUUGAACUUGCUGCAGAGGAGCCAGAAGAUCCCAAGGUCUCCCCACUGCAGGAAGAGCCCGUCUCUGAGGAGGUCUCCCCACUGCAGGAAGAGCCCGUCUCUGAGGAGGUCUCCCCACUGCAGGAAGAGCCCGUCUCUGAGGAGGUCUCCCCACUGCAGGAAGAGCCCGUCUCUGAGGAGGUCUCCCCACUGCAGGAAGAGCCCGUCUCUGAGGAGGUCUCCCCACUGCAGGAAGAGCCCGUCUCUGAGGAGGUCUCCCCACUGCAGGAAGAGCCCGUCUCUGAGGAGGUCUCCCCACUGCAGGAAGAGCCCGUCUCUGAGGAGGUCUCCCCACUGCAGGAAGAGCCCGUCUCUGAGGAGGUCUCCCCACUGCAGGAAGAGCCCGUCUCUGAGGAGGUCUCCCCACUGCAGGAAGAGCCCGUCUCUGAGGAGGUCUCCCCACUGCAGGAAAAGUCUGUGUCUGAGGAGGUCUCCCGCGUGGAGAAGGAAGAGUGGGUCUCCAAGACCUGAAAUGUUGCUUCUCCAGUCCUGGUUGGAGGAGCAACACCACAGGCAAUACCGAAUCUCACACUUCUCACUGACUAAUAAACAAGCCCAACACUGUUCCGGCUGGCCUGGCCUGGUGACACUAGUCCUACAGAACUUCUCAAGGUUCUAGAUGACGGAAAGAAGCUGAACGUCCACAAUCUCCAUCUGUCCAUCCAUUUAUUUUUUGCAGUGCUAGGGACUAACCCAGGGCCUUCCGUGCGCUGAGUAAGUGCUCUCUGGGCCACAUCCCAGUCCACAGCCCCAUGUAAAGCAACCAUCUGCUGUUAUCUAAGUGGGUGUAUCUGUUCUACAGCUGUGAGGUGGGCUCAUUUAAGCCUUGGGCUGUGUUCACUGGUCACGGUGACUGGCCACUUUGGACAGGUUCCUAGCGGACCCUCAGCCUUCUGCUCACAUAGCUCAGGUUCACCUGUGGCCACAAGUCUCACAUCAUAGACUGUGAAAAGGUCCAUGUGGGAGGUUGGCCACCCAGCCAACUCUGAGCCAAGGAAAGUACACAGGAGCAAGAAAGGGACUCCCAAGUCACUCCUCAAGUCCCCGUGUCUGUAAGGAGGUCCCCAAGGAGGCAGGUGCUGUGCUGGCCAGCUGUGUUAGUAGCUGACCAAGGGUACCCGGGUCCUUCAAGGCCUGCAGAACUUAAC